AUGGCUUCUACCUCGACAUCAAGUAGACCGUCUCUCACGGCGAUUGUCGCUGCUACCCAAGAGAACGGCAUCGGCGUCAAUGGCGGUCUCCCGUGGCGACUCCCUGGAGAGAUGAAGUACUUUGCCCGUGUCACAACUGGAGAAAACCCAUCCAGCGCAGCUGUCAAGCAAAAUGUACUCAUUAUGGGCCGCAAAACAUGGGAAAGCAUACCUCCCAAAUUCAGGCCGCUGAAGAGUCGACAGAAUCUGGUGAUUUCCGGAAAAGGUGUAGACUUGGGAGGCGCUGAGAAUAGCACGGUCCAUGAAUCAUUAGACUCUGCGCUCUCUGCCCUUCCGUCAGGACCUGAAGCCCCGAGGGCCUUCCUCAUCGGUGGCUCCACUCUCUACACCACGGCCCUCCUCCCCCCCUCCUCUGAACGACCUCUGGUGGACAGGGUGCUUCUUACGCGCAUACUCUCGCCAUUCGAGUGCGAUGCCCACCUCGAAGACUUUGCUUCCCAUCAAACUCCAUCGGGAGAGAAGCUAUGGAGAAAGAGUUCUACGCAAGAGUUGAGAGAGUGGAUCGGAUGGGAUGUAGAGGAAGAGCAGGAGGAAAAGGGGAUCAAGUAUAGAUACGAGAUGUGGGUCUGGAAUCAGUCAUGA